UGAAAAGACACCAUGGUGGUGGGAGUGGAGGUAGGUUGGGAACAAAAGGGAGUGCUCCUUCGCUACUGAAAAUUCCAAUUAUUAUGUUUAAAACUACCCAACAUUACAGCAGUACCAAAACAAAACCAAAAUACUGAGAAUUUUGGGAAUCUAAAAUUUUUUAAAAGCACAGAAAAUUCUGGAAACACAAAGUUCUAAUGAAAAACCAUCGACCGAAACAUUAACUCUCUUUCUCUCCACAGAGGAUGCCUGACCUGCUGAGUGUUUCAAGUAUUUUCUCUUCCUAUUUGCACCAGUACUACUCUGGUCCAGGGAAAAAGCCUGAAAGAAAUCUCUUUCUAAACUGUGAACCUUUGUGCAGUUUCAUUAGUGCAGUAGCAAAGGAGUUUGUACUGAACAUGAAACAGACUUCUGAAGCACUAUAAUCUAGCAGUACCAAGGUAAUAACACUUAUAGCAGGGUCAGCAGUCAACAUUUACACAGUUUUCUCUAGAAUAUAGUUGAUGAUAUGAAUGUCAGAAACCUAAACUUUGGUCCAGGCACUGUUCAUGGUAUUUGUGUUUCCUGGUGCUGUCCAUCGGUUCAAGAAAUGUAGUUAGCAUGAAAUUGAUAAGUGAUUUAUUCAUAUAGAUAUUCAUAAUCCUAGCAUAGAAACAGAUUCAGAAUAAUUGUCCCCAAACCAUUUAUUGCCCCUUUAAAUUUUAUUUGGAAUUUGGUCCAUCAAGCCAUAUAAUCAUUGUUUUAAGUUUUUUAAAAAUCCAUUGUGAAUGGAGAAUUUGCUUCAUAUUCGACUUACGAAUUUUAAAAGUAGGAUAUAAAUACAGAUUGCCUUUAUCGCGCAAAGGUCUUAUCGAGCCUUAUUGGACUUGAACUGGCAGCGAGAUUUUAUAAAUUGAUGUGGGGAGGAUAUAUUGUCCUCUACGUGUGCCAGUAAUACAGCUCUCCUCCAAAGCCGAGGUUCUCCCCACCCAAGAGUUAAAAAAAAAAAAUCCUUUGGAAGGAAACGCCCGUAAUCUAUCUCAUUGCUUGCCUUUUGAUCUCUCACUGUUUGCUGGUGCGAAACCUAAUAGGUGGUGGUGGUGGGAGGUAGGGAGCAGAAAAUGUAUCAGUAAUUGAUACUUAUUGGAGCUAAUUAUGCACAUUUUUAUUACAGUAAUUAAUGCUUAUUAUUGGAGACAAUUAUGCACAUUUUUCAGUAAUUUAGCUAUCAGUUCCUAUCUUUAAUUUUCCCCGAUGUAAUUAAAAUUAAACAGGCACAUGCUGAGGCCUUCUAACGUUGAAGCUGAAGAUUGACAGUUGUAAGAACCAGUCCGGGAGAUUCACUCUGUCCUGAGCCAAUCGGGGGAGAUGCGGGCGGGACUGUUCAAGUCCCUUUCACCAAGGCUUGUGGACUCCUGGGAUGUAACUGUAGUUGUAUCUUUUUUUGAAAAAAUAUGCCUUUUGACAAAUUUCUCUGAAUGGAGUUCAGAGACAAUGGAAUGAUUGUGAACUGGAAAUCAUCUAUAUGAAAUGUAAGUUGCUUGGAGAGACUUAUUAGGCUCAGGAGAGAGAGUAUGGCUUUUACUGUUUUGAUAUUUUGACCCACAUUUCUUUUUUCAAAAAAAUAGAUACGCUCAUUCCCUGGUCGUAUACGUUAUUUCUUUUUAAACUCUUAACAAACUGAGAUGGAUGAGCAGAACGGUCAGGCGGUGGAUCAGAGCAGCCUAACUAGCUGUUAAAAGAUUUUGUUAUGGCUGCGCUUUUAUUUGAUAUCAUUGGAAACAGGCCUAGCUAAGAGGCAGUGAGGAGCACAGAAUCCGAAACCACAAGAGAUUUUACUACUGCAUGAUCAACCAUGGUCGUCACCAAAAAUUCAGCUUUUCAAGCAACAACAAGAUACCAAGGCAGGAGGCACAACACAAUACAGAAUCCCAGACUUCUUUGGACCAGUUUAUGGCUAAGCUGUGCAGACAUCAUCAGAUACAGUUUAUGAGUGUAUUAAGCUACGUGCACAGUGAAGUGAGUCCAACUGAGGAGCCGUUGGAAUCAUCACCACGUGAGGACAUGGCUGCCUCCAACCCAGCCUCUCUCCAUCUACAGCCUAAAAGCCCUGAAGACCAAAAUGGGAGAGGAUCCACUUUGCAAUCACGUCCUUCCUCAAACCAAGAGAUACAAAUGCCAAAUGAGUUAAAUGGCGAAAGCGUUAAGGAAGAAAAACUGCCUCCUCAUGAGGAGGUACUCAUGGUAGGAACUGAAGCAAGCAGUGUUGAAAAACCAACACCCAGACGCUGCUGUAGCAGUGGGAAUUGCAUCAAAAACUGCACUGUAGAGGCAGGGUUCUCUUCUAUAGGUAUAUGUACUACUGACUGUAAUAAAACGGGGAGUGUGGAAAUUCUACAAAAAGAAACUGUGAAUCAGAAAGAGAUCAGUAACUUACAACUGGACCAGUCCUCCAGCGAACGUGCACACAUCAGUACCUUUGCCCGAAUAGAAGAGGCAUGUUCUAACAGCCAGGAGAACAAAACAGAUGGUGCAGUUGCUGCCAAAGCUCAGGUUGAGUCUCUCCGAGCUCUCCCCGAGGAGCUUUUGAACUUGAGUAAGAAUUUGACCAAAAAUCAGAGUGGUUCACGGGGUACUUCUGGAGCCUCCUCGGAUCACAAAACAAUUAAACACACGUCAAUUCAAGGAGGGCCUCGAGAAAAUGUCAAUGCUACCAAAAGAAUUAUCAAAGAUAACCAUGUGCUCUCAACAGACACGAGCGCCAAAGAUUGCUGGCCUGUCUCAAAGCCACGUGCUGCUGCGCGCGACACCAAUGGCCGCCUGAGAUUAAAGCCGCAGGUUCCUCCCACAAAGACAGCCAGAAAGAGCACCAGGGUGUCUGUGGUGCGGGCUCGUUCUUCGCUGCCCACCAUGUGCCAAUACGUGAAUGAGCAUGACAACCAAUGUGACAUUGUUUACAUCAGCAAGCCCAUCACGGAAUGCCGCUUUGACGCUCAGAGGUCCUUACCUUCCAGUCGGAAGACUGCAAGGAAAAGCACACGUGGUCAUCUCUGUAACGAAGAAUAUUGGGAGUUAAAGACUGUCCGCACUUUGGCCAAGAGCUCAACAAUAGACGCGAGAAAGGGGAACUGCCCCUCAUUGAUCCCCACACCACCCGCCCCAGUGACUCUGAAGCAAGCACUUACCCUGCCAGUUAGUGUGCCUGUCAUUGGUGUUCCUAUGGGGUCAGGCACUGGCAUUCACGGGGACUCAAAGAUGCAGUUGAAAGUCUUGCAGGAAGAGAGUCAAGAUUUCCGUUGCUCAGAGAGCAAAGGGGAGCUGGUCGUCGAACCAAGUCAGACUUGUCGAUCGCAGGAGACCGAGGCACCUUCCCAAAGUGCAAACAGCCCACGAGGAGAGCCGGGGAGGCCCAGGGAUCAGGCCAUCACUCCCAGCUCCAAAAGCCAUUCUGUGGAAAUCAAGAACAUGCUGGUCUCGAAUGCACAAGCAGACGACCCCACUACAACAUGUGCUCAUUGCCGAACUCCUGGUGACAGCUCACUAGCCGAACAUGGUGCUUGUGAGAACAUUGAGCCAUUGAGGCUGCUGAAGGAGUGCAGGAAGACCCGAGAGAGCCCUUCUGAACUAGAACAGUUAGUUAAGGAAAGAGGUGACAUGGAGGACACAUCCUCAACAGAAGGCUCUCUAAACAAUUCAGAACCAGAUCCAACCAACCAGAGCCAAAACCCUUCAUUGUCCUCUCUGGAUAAGGAGAGCACCAGUCCUGUUAGUAAUAUCGGGGCUAACAUUAUUCCUUCUCAGGAAUACAGCAAUCAGCACUCCGGCAACAGUGAAAUAUCAAACACUGACAAGGCAAUGAUGCACAACACUCCCAGCAGCCCGAAAGCAGAAGAUUGGCAAGUUGGACAUUCAAUUGAAUCUGUUGAAAAAGUGAAUGAAGUACAGGUAGAAAAAUCAUUAACUGAGAAAGAAGGACCCAACAGAUCAGGGCAGACACUCGCCAUUCCAGCUGAAGCAGUUGCUUGUUCUGUCACUCAUGAGGAAGGUUCAUGUCCACAAAUAGCUUCCAGAUGCCAAGACGAGAGCAGUUGCAAUGAUCCAGGCGAAUCCACGCUGGAACUGAUGAAAGUUCCUCUUCAAGGAACUGCCAAUAUGAGGUGCAAUAUGGCAGUGAAUGAUCCAGGUUUAGAGAAGAGUAGGUUGGAAGACCUUGAUGAAAAUAUGAUUGACCACAAGAGGGAAAGACGCAAUAGCAUUGGGAGAACUCCUGAGUCUGAAAAGCAUACGAGCCACCACAAGGAGAAGGUACUUAGUCCAGCCACGUCAGAGAAGAAGAAAUAUCGCAGAAAGUUGGAGCUUGCUUCUUCGGACAGAUGUUUGCGGAGUCAGCAGGCCAAGCCACAAACUGUGGUCUGUCCCAGUGACAUUAAAGAGCAGCCGCCAGUUUGUACUGAUGGGCUACAGGUACCCUGUCUCAACAUAAAACUCCUGAGAAGUCAAGGGGAGAGGGGGUACAAAAGGGAGGUGUGGAUCAACAGAGUGGCAUUCGUUCAGUUUCCAACAGACUGCUUCAACAAAAUCCUUUUACAAAGCAUUAUUGACCCUGAGAGCAUAGUAUAUGAGUCUCUUACUACCACAUCUGAUCAAGAAUUUUGCAAAACAAGAAAGACAACAACCAAGCAGGUCUCCAAAGAUCUUCUGGGGAAGGAGCUUGAAAGCUUUGAAGAUGAAGAACUGAUGGAUGACAGUUUUAUUUGUGAAAGAGCACACAAUGGACAAAGUCGAAUUCUUGAGGUCUGUGUGGAUACUAAAUCAUCUGUAGAGCGGAAAGUUUCCUUCUCCGUUCAAAAUGUUGGAACAGAUCGAGACUCAGAGUCUUCCAGUGACUCCAUGGAUGAUACCUGUCCUACGAACCAACAGCAGUCAAGUUCAUGGAAGGCAGAUACCUGUAAAGAGAACUCAAAAUGGGCUAGAGGAAGCCUUAUGAAAAGAUCAACCAAUUUUGGACCACUGCAUCAAGCAGCCAAGGUAACGGCCCCAAAAGCGCCACCAGGAGAUAAGAAGGUUGUUGGCGGGUCUCGUACCUUGAGAUCCCCAAAUGUGCCCAUCAUAGAACCAGAAAUGAUAGUGCUACAAGAGGACAGCAAAUGCCUGAAUAUAAAUCAACCCACUGAAGUCCUCCAGGAGAAUGAGAAUUCUGAACUGUUAGACCUAAGCGACAUUGAUACUCCUGAAGUGAGUCGGCCAAAAUUUUUGGACUGGUGCUCAGAGGACGAGAAUCAAGAACUAAUCACCACCUUGAAUGCUACAUACGAGAACAUUCACAAGGCUUGGAUUCAGAUGGAGAAGGAAGUGCCGGUGAUGCAGAAAGCGAAAUGCAAGUCCGACCGGCUCAAGGAAAUCUGGAAAAGCAAGAAGAGGGCACGCAAAGCGAGAGGACUGUAUGACCACAAAAUAUCCCCCGUGCAGAAACUCUUUGUGACCAAUUUCAACCUUGCCAGCAUCUGUAAGUGGUUCAUGGAGACGACCGAGACGAGGUCUCUGAUCAUUGUCAAGAAUGUCAGUGCCCGGAAUCCAGUGGAGAGCAUGAAAACCAAAACUUUCCUCCAGAAGAACUCCAUGGCUGGCCUGUUUCCUAGUCCCCAAGCUGAGCGGCUAAAGAAGCACCUGAAAAAGUUUGCCGUGGCUUCACCUGCUCGAAACAAUUGGAAGACCCGGACGCUGCUGGACAAUGUGCAGAGGAAUGCCGUGACUGGAGCAGAUGGAAUUGGGCAGCAGCAUUGGGGCUUCUCGCUAGAUACUGGAGGAGGCCUGACCCCUAGGGACCUCUUUCUGGCCAAAGUGGAAAGCGGCUCUGUCGAGGAUAGCGAAUUUCCUGGCAACAGGACAACAUCCCAGCCCUCAAAGCACUUAGGGCUGAAGAAGCCGGUUAGCGCAUGGAUCCUGCGGAAGUAUUCCAACAUGAGGGGUAAGCUCCACAAAUUGCAGCAGGGGAAAGAGCAAGCUGGGCGGAAGCUCCUAGCCAAGCACAAGAGUGUCUGUAUGAACCCCCUGGUCUCACCCAAGCUGACCUCUCAGACACAGCUAGAUUCACGUGGGACCCCUCUCCCCACUGCCUCUCGGAAACCUGAGGAGAGCAAAGGGAAGAGGAAGGCUUCUAAGGAUGCCUCCAUCAAGGAACUCCGUGUGGGGCGAGUCAAGGGUAGCAAGUGUGAGGCAGGCCCUCCUGCGCUGUCCCCCAAACCCAUGCCCAAGCAGUUACCGGCAAAUCGGAAGUCCAGAGCGGAGGGCAGCUCUGUCAAAGCGCCAGUCCCCAAAAAGGUUGUUGCUAGUGGCAAAGCCAACGCUUUGUCCCCGAAAGGCACGGAAAAGAGGGCUUCUGGCACUGGCCUGAAAACUGGUCCCAGGGGCAAGAGCACGCCCCAAAGCAGAGAUGGGGCCAAAUCCAAAAAGACAAAAGGCAGCAACGGCAAAGAGCGUCAGCUGAAACCCGCCAAGAAGACGGCAGGGUCUUCGGCCAAGACCAAGCGGGGGGUUAAGACUGACGCCAAAAAAAGAAACAAGGCGGCCACCCCAGCCAGACGCAAGCGUAAGGGUGAAGUCUCCUCUGAAGCCACACAGAAAAAGAAACGGAAACUAAAUGAGAAGAGAGACCCGGUUCCCAACAAACGCAAGCGGACUGAUGCAAAAUAACACGUCUCCCGAAGAAUUAACUGUAAAUUAUUGUGUCUUUGUACAACGACAGCAACAAAGAAGAAAAUUGUUGACUGCAGAGAGCAUUAAUUGUCGAAGCUGCUUUUUAUAAUCUUGAAGCAAGCCUUUGAAAUCGCAGAGGAAAGAACUUGAGUGUGAUUUUAAUUUUAUUUUUUUAAGCACGUAAGCAGAUAGCUUGUUGUAAAGAAAUACAGGGAGCUUCCCCCAACUGUGAAUAGAGUUUUUAUACGGUGCUAUGAAUGGUAUUGUUUUCUUUUUCCUGUUUGAUUUUUUUAUAUAUAUAUAUAAAAUAUUGCCCCAGCUUAAAACUGAUAACGAGAGCUGCAAAUGCAAAUUGAAAAGAACAGUGCCUUAUUUAACGAUGAAGAGGAAAAGAAACAUUUUUUUGCGUGUACCUGAGAUUAAAGGCUUGCAUUCACAACGGAGACCUACUCUGUACUUGCUGCACCUCCACUUUCUGUAAAAAGAAAGCUGUCAUGCAUAUAGAAUUAUACAGCACAGAAGGGGGCCAUUUGGUCCAUUGUGUCAGUGCCAGCUCUUUGAAAGAGCUACCCAAUUGGUCCAACUCUUCCUGCUCUUCCCCUGUAGCUCUGCAAUUUUUUUCCUUUAUAAGUAUUUAUUCAAUUCCCUUUUGAGAGUUACUAUUGAAUCUGCAUCCGUCACCCUUUAAUGCAGUGCAUUUCAGAUCACAACUCACUGUGUUUAAAAAAAAAGUUACUUUCUUCACGAUUCUUUUGCCGGUUAUCUUAAAUUUGUAAAAUGGUUACCAACCCUCCUGGCCAGCAGAAACAGUUUCUCUUUAUUUACUGUAUCAAAACCCUUUACGAUUUUGAACACCUCUGUUUAAGCCUCGUUUCUUAAAUUUCCCUGCUCUAAGGCCAACAACCUCAGCUUCUCCAAUCUCUGUCGAUAUAAUUUUCCAGAUAAAUGGAAGGCUGGGGUAAAUCACACUGCAAGUCCCAUCAGCAAGUAGGGAGGUUAUGCUCGGUUCAGGACCCUUCCUCAUAUCUGGGAUGUUAACUGAUCUUUCUGGUGCUGGUCUCACACUGUCAAUAAAGCCAAUAUUGCUUCACCUA